UUUGGCUUGACUCCAUAAAAUCGUUCAGUGGACCUUCUGCACAAGUUUUUGCGGUUGCUACGCAUACAGAAGGCAAGACAGAAGAGGAAAAAGACUCUUUUUGGGAGACUCUUUGGAAAUUAGUAACAGAGGAUGAUAAGACCAGGCUUUAUGACAGGGACUUUGCCUUAGGACUUAUAGAGAUGAAUGAGGAAUCGAAGCAUGUUCUGCAGAGUUUAAAAAAAUCUGUUUCUGAAGUAGUAUCACAAGGCAUGGCUACGAAGAUAGAAGUUCCAUCAGCAUGGGCACUUCUUGAACAUCUUCUGCAAAAAACAGAGAAGCCAAUCCUGUCAAUUAGUGACAUCCACAAAGAGAAUAAGAAACUUUCAGAAGAAUAUCAAUUGAAAAGUCAGGAAGAAAUAUUUGAUUUUCUGUCUUUUUUCCAUGGACAUGGGUUGUUACUCUUCUUUAAGGAAGAUGAACUGAGCACACAUGCAAUUCUAGGGAUACAAUGGUUUUCUAAGGCAUUCAGUAAACUUAUUGCUGACAAGGAGCACAUUCAUAGAGACUGCAAACGAAAAUUCAUUGAAGAUUGGAACUGUUUCAAUGCCACGGGAAAUCUGAGUAAUUUACUGGUAGAUGCUCUGUGGAAAGAAGAAUCGUCAUAUUUAAAACACAAGACAAUACUCAUGUCAUACAUGGAGAGAUUACGGAUGUUAGUCAGCAUUGAAGGGGAAUCCUCCUGGUAUGUCCCCUGCAUGAACCAAAAGCCUUUUACACACGACGUCUUUAAACAAACAAUGGAGAAGUCGUCCGUUCUCUGUUUUCGAUUCACUUCCUUUGCCAUGUUCGUAUACUACAGGCUUAUUGCAUUUUGCCUGAGUUUCCUGAAGUGGAAUGUGCAGCUCGAUAAGGACAAAAUUCAAUGUCUGUAUCACACAGCAGCAAUCUUCGAAACAAAAAAUCACACAGUUAUCGUUGGUAUAAUUGAUAAUGACAUCCAGAUUCAAGUCUUGCGAAUAAGGAAUCUGAAUCCCAAGGUAUCCCGUGAAAUUGGAAAAGUAAUUGAAAUUGUCUUAAAAGAAUUGACGAAGACAUUUAAUGAAAAGAAAAACUUCCUAAAAGGCUACAAAUGUCUGAAUCGUUUCUGUAGUAAAGAAGAUCUUACAUUUAUUCCAGAAAAUGAACUGUGUGGAGUUCAAUGCAACUGCCCAAUCUCGGAUAAACACGAAAUAGAUGUACAAAGGACUCUUUAUUUUUGGCAAGAGAUUGACGAAGGGUUGCCCACUCAAGAUGACAAGGCACAAGGAAGUACAAAUGACGAUGAUAAAACUCUUCGACGAGGUUGUAAGAGGAAAAAGGAGAAAACUGUAGUCAGCAUCAAUGUAGGAAAUAUCACAACAACCUCAGGAAUGGUAACGUUUGGAAACUGUGACAAUACAUCAGUUAAACAGAACCAGGGCUCUUCAGCUAAAAGGGAAAAAUAUAAAAGGACCACAUGAUAAUUAUACAUUCCAAGGACUUUCAAGAAUACCUGAUAAGAAGAGGAAACAUACCAUUUUUGCAUUUUGUGUAAAUGUAAUAUGCAUAUUUGUUCAAGCCCAUUGUAUUGUUUUUUGUAUAUUAAAAUUGCCGUGAAUAAAUA